UUUCACAGAAAGAAAGAGGCGUGAGAAACGAUGAGAUAAGUCCUUUGAUGACUACAGUUAGGUGCCACAAGAGGACACGGAGACGAAUGGGGACUUUCCCGUGAUGAUGCAAUGUGCAGUAAUAAGUCGGACAAUUGGGUUCCUGCCAAAGGCAUCUUGAGUUAUCGAACUCACAUAUCCUCACAAUUCGGUUUUGACCUCAGAUUAAUUCACUGAACAAAUCGAGACAACUCAUUGUUUGGUUUUAAAAAAAGAAUCUUUUUGGUUUUUGAACUAGCUUCGGCAACUGGCAAGGUUGUGUUGUAAAGCAUAUUGCGACCACUCUGCACACGACUGUUACAUUUACAAAAGCGGUGCCUCUGCGUUCUGAGAGUUAUCUUCGAAAAUUUUAAAGUUUUUGAGCUGAGAAGAAAGUGUUGAAAUCACAACAGUACGUAUAAAUUGAGGCUCCUCGAUUCAAGGAUAUGUCACAGCAUCCAGCAGUCUACCUGUCACCGAUCUCUAAAAUUGACCUGCUAGUCGUAUCCUAUUCACACAGUAGCUGCAGUGGAUUCAGCACCAACGCCAAGAACUGAUCUACUUCAUGGAAGCUGACUUCCCCAUCUGUGUGUUCUUCCUGACCAUUCGCAGUUUCAGUCGAACUAUUUCCAAAGUCCGAAUACAUCUUUAUCUCAACAUUUCCUAGUACAGUAGAUAAAUUGUUGUUUUCCGAGUGGAGCUGCUCUCAACAGUUAGUGUUACACUCUCAGGUUCUACUCAGGUACUCUUUUCCCCGACAAUACCUUUUGUUGAUAACUUCAAAGUUACUGCUUCCCAAGACAGCUACAUCGCUACAUCUGUCCAAUCAUUCGCCAAAUCUAUACCCCAAUCAAGUUUGGAUUAUCAACGACAAGUAUCACCAGAUUACGUUACCACUAGCUGUCCCUGGCCGGUUCUUCCAUUUCCUCGUCAUGACGGGCAUGUGCUUCCGCCUUGUGGGCUGCUGUGAAAAGAUCCAGGGCGCACCAGCAGCUGUUCUCUGCGUAGUGCUGUUUAUCAUACAGGCCGCGAGUAUGAACUUCUUUUUGGUGCAGAAUCUCGGCACCGCCCACUACGUAUGGAUCGCCGCAGACUUUGUGAACGCCGCUCUCCUCAUCAUCUGCAUCAUCGUCGCCUACAGCGUCUUGAAGGCUCCCGAGAAACAGGAGGUCACCGGGGCUAACGGCAUAUCGUGCAUAGCCUGGAUUCUGAUGAGCAUGUCUCUGGCUGCGAAGACCAUUAUCAUCCUCAAGAAAGUCACGAGAAUCGAAGAAGAUGAUCCCGGAUUCAUGGGUCCGAACGCUCUGAAGACGACCAUCGGUCUCAGCGGCUGUGUGUUCUUGUGUUUCCUCAUGACCCAACACGACGCUCCAUUGGGGACUGAGAGAAGGCAGUACAUCGAGGAGCUCACCGGCACUGUCGUCUUUGACAUCCUAGACACAGUGGAUGUUCUCGAAGUCCUCUUUGACAAAGACAAACGAGCCACGUUGUCCGACGGUUUGGAAGAAUUUAUUUUAGCCGUCGCCACCCUUAACCUUUUGAUUCCGUCCUUGCCUUUGUUUACUCUGGCUAAAACAAAAUAUGGGAUGAAGAAACUGAGUAAGAAAAUGGUCUAUCUGCACCGAUUGCUAUUGGUACUGAUAGUGAACGUACCUAAUCUGUUGGUGAGAAUGAUUUUGUGGCACGGUUUUAGUGUAGGGAUCUCCCCGUUCUGUUUGAAAAAUAUUAUCCUUAUCUGUAUGACCGCCUUCGUGUUUUAUGAAAACUACAAGGAGAGAUACGAUGAUGCCAAAGAAAGAGAAGAGAAUGAGCUUCGAGGCGUAAACGGCAAAUACAGAAGCAAUGGAGAUUUACCUAACAACACUGAUCCCGACUCUUACCGUCCACCAACUCUUGACCUCACGCCUAACAACAACACGUCGGAGAAAGACGAAGAUGGAGGCGGCAGAGGGUCCUCACGAAGAAGCAGACACUCCAUCGAUGGUAGACAUCAAUCUUACGAAAACGUUGGCAGUCUCGACUCUAACAACAGCAGCAGAAGUCGUAGGUCUAACUACAGCGAGGAGGAAGGUGAUCAUCUUGGAUUUGCUAUGGAAAGUCGAAUGGUUACGAGUAUCUGAGCUUAGCAGUAGUAGUAAUAUAUAUGUAAAAUGUCCCUUUCUCAAGACAAGUAUGGCUUCCUAAGAAACGGCACGUAAACUCAAAGAACAUAUUAUGUAAAGAGCUCUCUUGUGUCCAACCUAUGCCGUUCCUGGUCUUAUUCAGAAUCCUCCUCUGAUACUGAUAGACUCCCGGUUAUGUAUACGGCAAAAGGAGAAACGAACACCGUCAGAGUAUCUAGCGACAAUCAACGUGCGACAGGGAAAUGAGGAAGUCCGAGGAAUCAACUGCCAAGAAAUUUUGGUGAGAUAAGUUAGUGGCGUGGCCUUUUCUUGUUUCCUAUCCCCACUUUAUAUGAAAAAAGUCUGCUGAGCACACAAAGCUGUAUACGUAACGCAGACGAAGGUUUUGGGAGCAGAAAGCUAAUAAUAAAUUAAUCACGGGUUGAUUUAUUCACCGGCAAGCGCCUUAAUGGCUGGGCAUACCACAUUGGCCAGAACAGAAUCGAUGCUUUUGUAAGUUACGGCAGAACAGAUCUUACAUGUUGGUCGUGCAGUCAGAAUACAUCUUCUGGGAUUACCAAGAGUCACCCAAUCAUUUCAUUAAAAAAGCAGUUAAUCAAACAUUAAAAUGCUGGCUUUUUUUCAGCUUUUGAAUGCAGCUUCUUUUUUCUUUUUUUUCUUCUUUCUUUUUUGAGGUGAAAAAAUUAUAAACAAAAAAGCGAAAUAAAGCAAAAAUAAAGACGGAUUUUUUUGUCUACAGUAUGUUGAAAUACUUGUUUAGUUCUACUUAACAUGUUUUCAAAGGAUGAUCUGACUCUGAUCUGCUUUUUAGCAGUGACUUUGUUUUGUCAAUACCGUAUGUACUGCAAUGCAAAUUUUACUGUCUCAUUAUAUAUAAGUGCUGCUGUGUCCAUCUGGCUUUUAAAAAAAUAGUUUCACUCUGUAUAUAAUUUGUACAUAUAAUAUGUUGUUUCCGUGUACCCUUUAGCAAUUAGAUAAUGUAGUUAUUACGACAUGUUGGAGAUAAUAAAAAUAAAGACGACGUUUUGUACAACUAA